UUAUACUGACAUUUUUUUUUUGAAACAAAUAAAAAUUAUAAAAAUUGUUUUGUUAUCAAACUCCUCCCUCGAACCUUAUUAUACCAAGGUCGUAGUCUAGAACUUAAUGUAGGUAAGGACAUAUAGAUCUGUCUUGUUUUUAGCACCCUAGUACUAUCUAAUAUCUAUUACCCUACAAUUUUUCAUUGAAAUUGUUAAAAUAAGGGUUAAAAUUGUGUUCUACCCAGUGGCGGCAUAAACCUUUUUCCUAUGAAGCAACUACCUCAAAUAAGUAGGUACACACCCACACACAAAUUUUUUCACACAUUUUAAACUUAGAUCAUACGUAAUAUGUAACUAUGCGAGUAUAAAUUAAAGGCUAGUCUAGCCAUCUAGGUCUUGGAGACUUGAGUCAUUGGGAUACCCACUACCCACCCCCAUUUUUGCAUGAGGCAGUUGCUUCAUAAAAUAGCUAUUCACGCUGCCACUGGGUAUACCCUUAAUACAUUUGAUGGGAAUACCACUGAAUAUAAGGAAGGAUAAUCGAAUAUGAUGUGUAAGUCUAAAUUGAAUGUGCCUAAGAUUUGUGGAAAGUAUUAUAUAAGUGUAAAUUAAUCCUGCUGUGUACUUGGAAGUAUCUGAUUUUGUUAAUAACAAUUUUGUUAAAAAACCACAGUUUUCUGGUAUCACAGUAAUUUUAUUUUAUUUUUAACACACUUUUCAUGGACCAAGAAGAAGAAACAACAUCUCUAACAACAACAUACGAUGUUGCAGCUUCCAAGAGUCACUUGUUGAGCAAUGCACAUGUGUCAAAUGAUCAUUCUUCUCAGAAGAACCAAAAAUCUGUAAUUCUCGACACACGUGUGAUUAAACAUUAUGGCCGCAGGAUGAAACUAAACUGCAGGCAUGGGUAUUGUAUUUUAAUACUUGAAAACGGAAAAGUAUCCAGUUCCGAUGAUGACAUAGACAGUCACUGUGUAAUGGAAUUCACAUCAAUGUCUCCUGGUCAUGUUCGUAUUAGAGGAGUUGAAGCCAAUUUGUUUUUAGCUAUGAAUAAAGAUGGACUUCUUUAUGGAGAAGCUGAUCCGAACAACAAUUCAACAAUUUUCAUUGAACAACCAGAGGGUCCUUACAGUGCAUACCUAUCUUUAAAAUAUCAACGAAAAAAAUGGUAUGUAGCUAUAAAAAAAAAUGGUAAAAUAAAAUUAGGUCCAACAACUAAAAGAGGACAACAUGCUACACAUUUUUUAACAAUUGUUGUAUAGGUAUUAUUCAUGCUACAUUCUUACAUUUUAUAUAAUACAAUAAUAAUAUUGUCGAAUACAAUUUAUAUAUAGGCAUUUGAUGAAAUAUUAAUAUAUAAAUACUAUAUUAUCCAAUAUAUUACUAUAUCCCUAGUCAAGUGCCAAUAAUGGGUGGGUUUUUAUUUAUAUUUUUUUUUCUUUCAUCACAUACACUUAUUGUACUAAAAAGUACAGAUUGUGAAUAUCUUAAUAAAAAAAAAAUAUAUAUAUAUAUGAUUUAAUUUUUUUUUUGAAAUUCAUCAUUUAUUUUUUAGUGAAAUCGUAUUUUAUUUAGCAGUUAGCACACAUACUUGUAUCACAUUAUUUUAUACAUUUAUAAUAUGAAAAUAAUAUUAAACAAUAAUAGUUAUUUAUUAUGAAGUAGUUGAAGCUUUUCAAAGCCAAUACAAUACAGGCUAGGCUAGUAUAUGUUAUUACUUAUUACUUUAAGUCUUAUUAAACUAGUCAGUAUCUUUACUUUAAGAUUUAAGAUUCCUCAUUAUGUUAUUAAAAUAAAUAAAUACAAUUUUUAUAAAAUAGAAAAAAUGCAUUGGAUUAUUUUUUCUGUAUUUUUGUAUUAUUUUUUCAAAAGAGAAUUAGCAGUUUCCAUAGCAAUACUUAUCCAGUACUGUGCAUCCCCCACCGCUUAAUUGGUGUCAGCAUUAUUAAGUGGUUCUUAAUGUGCAAAUCGC